AGAAGCCAAUCAGAGUCUCCACUGCUCCCAGUUGCAAAGUCUCCACCACCGUCCAGAACUCAGAUUCUCUGUAGACCCUGAGAAUGAGAGUCACGGCGCCUGGAACCUUCCUCCUGCUGCUCUCGGGGGCCCUGACCCUGACCGAGACCUGGGCUGGCUCCCACUCCCUGAGGUAUUUCAAAACCGCCGUGUCCCGGCCCGGCCGCGGGGAGCCCCGCUUCAUCGCCGUCGGCUACGUGGACGACACGCAGUUCGUGCGGUUCGACAGCGACGCCGCGAGUCCGAGGAUGGAGCCGCGGGCGCCGUGGAUGGAGCAGGAGGGGCCGCAGUAUUGGGAAGAAGAGACGCGGAACUACAAGGACAUUGCACAGAAUUUCCGAGUGGAACUUAACGUUUUGCUUGAUUACUACAACCUUAGCAAAGCCGGGUCUCACACCUUCCAGUGGAUGCAUGGUUGCUACGUGGACUCAGACGGGCACCUCCUCCGUGGAUACAGUCAGUUCGCCUAUGACGGUGAUGACUACCUCACCCUGAACGAGGACCUGCACUCCUGGACCGUGGCAGACAUGGCAGCUCAGAUCACCCUGCACAAGUGGGAGGCAAGCGGUGUUGUGGAGCGCCACAAGGCCUACGUGAAAGACAAGUGUGUGAAGUGGCUCCUCAGACACCUGGAGAACGGGAAGGAGAUGCUGCAGCGCAUAGACCCCCCAAAAACACAGGUGACCCACCACCCCAUCUCUGACCAUGAGGUCACCCUGAGGUGCUGGGCCCUGGGCUUCUACCCUGCGGAGAUCACCCUGACCUGGCAGCGUGAUGGGGAGGACCUGACCCAGGACAUGGAACUUGUGGAGACCAGGCCUGCAGGGGACAGGACCUUCCAGAAGUGGGCUGCUGUGGUGGUGCCUUCUGGAGAGGAGCAGAGAUACACGUGCCGUGUGCAGCAUGAGGGGCUGCCCGAGCCCGUCAUCCUGAGAUGGGAGCCGCCACUUCAGUCCACCAUCACCAUUGUGGGCAUCAUUGUUGGCCUGGUUCUCCUUGGAGCUGUGGUCACUGGAGCUGUGGUGGCUGGAGCUGUGAUGUGGAGGAAGAAGCGCUCAGGUGGAAAAAGAGGGAGCUACCCUCAGUCUACAAGUGGUGACAGUGCCCAGGACUCUGAUGUGUCUCUCAUUCCUCCUAAAGUGUGAGACAGCUGCUUUGUGGGAGACUGAGUGAUGCAAGAUUUGUUCCUGCCCCACCCCACACUGUGACUUCAGGAAUCUCUGUAUAGGGCAUCUGAAUGUGUCUGCAUUCCUAAUAGCAUAAUGUGAGGAGGUAGGGAGACUGGUCUCUCCCACAAUCCCCUCCCCUCACUGACCUCUGUUCUCUUUCCUGAUUGACUUUCCUGUUCCCGCAGAGGCGGGGCUGGUUCCAUCCCUGUCAUACCUUCCUGUUGCCCUGAGCUGCAACUUCUUACUUCCUUAUUGAAAAUAAGAAUCUAGAUACCAAUUUGUUUUUUCAAAUUCUUGCCAUGAGGGAUCAAUGGGUUAGUUAAAGGAGAAGAUUCCAAAAAUUUGAGAGAGGAAAGGAAUGAAGCACUGAGAACCUUCCAGAAUCCAUGUUUGCUGUGCUGAGUCUGUUGCAGGUGGGGACAGGAGAAGGCUGUGAGGAGCCAAGCAUGGAUGGGACCUGUGUCCACUCAGUGCUCAGUGCAUCGUGGGGUGGGAUGUAGUCACUCCUCAGCUGGGUCAUCUCUCUGCUCCUUUGUCUUUGUCCCUUAAGUAGAACUUUGUCCCACCAGCACCUGUGAUCUCAGGGACUCAGAAAUCACCUGGUCUUUGUCAUGUCUCCAGGACCCUGGACAGUGAGGGCUUCCUGGGGCCGGGUCAGCCUAGGCUCAGGCUUGGGUUGGACCUUCAGCCCCACUUUUGGGUGUUUAUUUGUUGUUUCUUUGUUUUUGUUCUUGUUCUUGUUCUUGUGUACAAGUUGUGGUCUCAUUCUCCUCUGGGUGUCCCCUGUCUCUGACAGCAGCUAGAGUUGUUUGGCCUGUCAUUGUCCUCACAAGGCCAGUGGCCCCUGCAAAGAGGCGUCUCUGGUGUCCAGAGAUGAAUUUUCAGGCUCGUCCAUCUCUGCCUCCUUCUAGGCCUUGAUUGUCAUUUCCACCUUGUCCCAACCUCUCAAAGGAACCAGAUUCUGGAAUUAGCAGAGAGGAAGGGAUCCCAUCAUUUCUCAUCCUAGAUAAGAUCCUGUUGGGAUGUUCCUGCUCUGCAGCCUGCCCUCUCUCCUGGCCCUGAGCUCCAGUCAUCCUAGUGCUGGCUCCAGUCCAAGCUCAUGAUGUAUAAAACAGAGUCUAAUUUAGAUUUAUAUUUGGUUGGGAAAUAGGACGCAUAAGUCAAAGAUCAUUUAUUGUUUUCUGAAGAGACAAAUGUGUGCUGUGGUGUGCAGGAGGGUUGGUGUGGGAGGGAGGGAUGGAAGAAGAGGGAGGGGAGAGCAACACUUGUGAGAAAAGUACAAGUGGCAUUGAUGUCAAUGUGAGUGCACAUUGUCCUGUUGCUGCCACGAAACAGCAUGUGCCUGAGGUUAUGUUAAUAAAGAUACUGUCUCUAGAAUAUG